GUUAACUCAGCAACCAUGUGUUUCCUAGUGCGUCUUUGUUUACCAUUUUGAACUAUUCGCAAUGACGACAUUCAUCAUACUUUGGCCAUUAUGUUACAAUGGACACCUUCUCCUCAGAUGACCCUUCUAAAUUACAAGAAGAAAUUUCACAAGGGGACGAUAGCCAAGGAGAAACAGUUGUCCAAUCGCGUGAAGAGACUUCACAUGGCCAUAAGGUUACUGGCUCCCAAAGUAGUAUUGAUUCCGAAAAAAUCGGCGAUAGCAGACGGCGCGGAACGGCACCUCGCUCGAAAUCCUUUCUAGAAGAACCGUCACGGUCGAAGGCUGUAGUGUUUAUGCAACGUAAACCCGGGGGGAAGGGGAAACUGAUUCGAUCCACACACGGUUCACACGGGGAUGGUGUCUGUACCGGAGCGUCAUGGGACAGUAGCAAAGGAUUAGCUCUGAGCGAAUCAGCUGACAAAGGCGGCGACCAGCAGAAGAAACUUCAGAUUGUUAUAACUGAUAGUUCGAUUCAAGCUGCUGGGGUAACACAAAAAUUAUUCGAUUCCAAAGUAACUUUUGCCGAUUUGGUGCGCGUUUGCUCCCCACAGGAGAAUAAUCAGCAGACGACAAAAGUUCAGCUUGGCAACACUCUUCUGUCGACAGCACAUGCCAGCACCCUCGUCUCGAACUAUUUAAACACAUAUCGGUCUUACCUUGAUCAACUGCGCAAGACAUGUGGUCGUGGAGACAGCCUAGGCGAGGCGAUAAGUUCAAGAACAGCAACCAAAUCCGUUCCACUUGUUCUGCCCCUUGCUCGGAUGACUCCGGUAUUCUCCGAUGAUUCACGAGAAGACCCGGAAUUCCUCGAGCUGUUGAAAAAAACGACGACCGAAUCGAUACGAAAACUCUGGCCACACCCGAACAAAACGAACAUUGUACGCAAGGCAGGUUUGGCAGAAGUCAGCGAUCGUGUGGAGGCGGUCAAGUCAAUGCCAGUGAACUCCACUGAUACAUCACUCGUAUCAGACGACAAAACUGACCAGCAGACGGAUGACUCAUCAUUGACGGAACCGAGCGACACUUGUGAUGACGGAGAAUUUAAAAACGACGACCUAAACACGACAGACGAGGACACGACACUCACCGACUGCGAACAGUGCCCUGUUUAUACAAACAGUCUUCGCUUAGGGGACGUUGACACACCUAUUUCUAUGAAUAGUUCAAACCAUAGUAUGAAAUCUUCGGGCGAGCCACUCGUUUUAGGGGAUGGCGGCUCUACAACUAUCAUCAACAAGACAGCCGUCGGGCCAAUUCAAAAAGGCUUGUUGAAACUUCCAAACGAUACUUUAACCGCAGGCGACAAUUUUUAUCGACAUUCCACAGACGCUAGUACUGUUCCUAGUUGGAGCGACGCCACCCAACAGAAAAGUUUCAGUGACGUCACCGCCCAGCAGUCUAAAACUUCCAUCGAUGUUUUUCUAAAACACCAACAAAAACUCUUACAGCAGCAACAGCUCCAGCGGCAAAUUUUACAACACCAACAGCAGCAGCAACAGCAGCAGCAACAACGACAACAGCAACAGCAGCUGCUGGAGCAGUACCAACAGGAACAACAGCGCCAGCAGCCAACAGCAGCGCAGACGAGCAACAAAGCGUAUGGGUUCCAGCCCAACGACCAGUCGAAAAACUGGUACCCAAGUAUAGGUGGCGGGAGUGGUUCAACGUCACCAAGGUCAAGGCUGACCUCCAGCUCCCAGUCCUCAUCAUCCUAUGGUUCUGGCACCAUGGCGUCAGGUCAGAUGGGACUGGAUGUUUUCGGAAACACGAAUCAGAUGAGUUCUGAUUACUUCCCCUCCAACAACAUGCAAGGGCUGUCUUCCAUUGGUUCCUACAUGGACCAAUCAAACUCUGGCUUUUCUGAGAUGCCCACCUCUAACCGGACUUUAAAGGCUAGCUAUGCCUGCCUUGACCCUAGCAACCGGAUGACCUUGUCCGUGGAGUCGCUCCACGACUACCCCAGUGACCAAGAAUCCUACCUCAGCUCAGGGGAGCUCUCCCAGCAAGAACGACAACCCUACGGCGGCUUCAACCAGCCCUUGGACGACAAGCCCAGCUGCUCCGAUACUAGCCGCUCCUGGGCCGAACUCUCAAGGCCUAUGUACGAGAACGAGGUCAACGCUACUGCCGGGUUGACCAUCGAAGAACGUCUGAGGCGGGCCUAUGCUCGGUCUCGCGCUGGUCAGAUUGGUCAGAACGGGACGUCAUCAGACACAUCCCGACCUACUUUAGACGCUUCUAGACAAUCGGUACAACGUCCCAUCUUGAAGAUUAACCCAGUGGUGGAGAAUUCUCAAGAAAGUCCGACUUUUAACACCUCGACCAAUCAAAGAGGAUUUGAACUCAUUAACCGCAGUAAUGGAGACAGCGGGUUGGAGGAUUACAACUCACGUUACCGCUGGAAUAGUCUGACCAAUUGUUCCCUCAACUCCGAGCCUGUAGAAAACACGGGUCUCAGAACUGAUACCACGGACAGUUUCAUGCACAUGCAGUCAUCAAUGGCAGCAGAUCAGGGGUCGCGAAUGUCAAGGCUGUACCAGUGGAAACAGAACCCCCCUGUGACCAAUGACGUCAGCUACCUGCCCUCCCCCCGCUCGCCCGUCGACAACCCCCGGAUGACCCCCAACGAGCUCAUGACAACCAGCCUCCUCUCCAACCUCCAGAGCGACCGCGACUUCUCCUGGAAUGCCUCGUCCAUCACGUGCCCUUUGACCUCCACCCAGAACAACAUGUCCCAGGUCGUUGACCAGCAAGUCUUCGGCAGCGCCUCCAUCAGUGGCCAGUACAAGUUCUCGGAUUCCUACCUCAACAAGGGCUCGUCUUACUCUCUGGAACCGCGGCGUCAGAUGGCUAACAGUGGGAGCAGUUCUUUGAUGGGCCGGGGACAGAGUGAGCAGCCGGAAGAUUCCGGUCUUUUCUAUGACAGUGAGGACUGCAGACAGAAUACUUGGUCUUGGAAGGGGAGACAAAACAAUGGUGAAGAGAAACGCGGCAACCCUGCCUGUUGCGACAACCCGCUCUCCCAGUCCAUGCAGUCCCUUGGCAACAAGAUGUUUUCAUCCCAGAACAACGUGGAAAGUCAAAUGGGCGGACGGAAAUCGGGCGACGAAAACGAAACAAAUAAAACCAAAGAUGGGAACAUCAGCCCCACUGAGAUGGCGCCCCAGUCGGCGGAUAGCUUAAACAAGCUACGCCUGAACCGCGCGUUCAGUGACCCGAACAGUUCCUCGUCUAUUUUUAGACCCUCCCCUCACGGCAGCGCGUCCAUGUCGCAGCUGACGUCACUACAACAACAGGCCAGGGUGAGUAAAGCCGAGGAAUCGGUUUUCAAGAUUUCAGAGGAUUUGGAGAAGACAUACUUGGAUAAUAGUAAGACGCCGUGGCAUGAGAUGGUGAAUGAAGAGGGGUGUGGGAAUGAGUAUGAGAUCGAUAACGGAAGCGGUUCCAAUGAUAAAUACGUUCAAGUGCAAAAUUAUGAUGGGACGACUAUGUUACUGAGUGAUCAGGAUAUUGCGGCGCUUAGAUCGAAUGGCUCCAGCAGGUUGUAUGGUAAUCAAAUGCAUGCGAAGGAGCAGAUGGAACAGAAUCAAGGUAUGAAUAUGACAAGAAUCGAAGAGCCGCCUAGACCACGUAUGAUUCUUGGCGCGAACAGCGUGAAGCAGGCGAAUGAAGAGAAAAUAAAAGCGGAGGUGGAGGAGAGUAAUCGAAGACUUCGAGAGAUGUUGGGGUUGUUUCCGAACAAGGAGCAGCCGUCGAGUGGUGCCGGUUCUAUCCGAAUGCCGGAAAAUUGCGUCACGUCCCAGCCGUCGGUAUUGAUGAGUGGUCAAAUGCUGCAGCAAGGUGGCGCCACGGCUCACGCUUUAACCACCGGUCAGUUGUCCCGCAUGCAAAUGGCUGGCGGGAAGUUGCAGACAUCCAUGGGGAUGGCGCAGCAGAUGUACUGCGUCCCGAAUAUUCUAAUGCCGCCGCAAUCCCCCAACUCAAACCGGCAGUCUAACCUGGUUCCGAUCCAAGGCGUCAUGUCGAACAUGGCGUCGACGUCACGGUUCCCCCAGGGGAUGAUCCGGGUCCCCUUCGUGGACAUGUCCCGUGUGGUCUACGUCCACCAGAUGCCGGUCAACAUGACGUCCCCGCACCCCAACAACAACCACAACAACAGCAGCAGCAGCAACCCCCACGUCAACACCAGCAACAUCAUCACCAUCAACACCAACGACAACGAUUUCAGCUCCACCGGGCAAGGGGACAAGUCUAGCAGACAACUUCGAUCCGGUGGAAUGAAAAGCAAAACCGCUUUUAUCAAAAUGCGUUCCGGUUCUGAAGAAUUCACGGUUCCAAUUCUUGGAAUGCGACCAUCACUCGACGAUAAUGUGUGCCCUAGGUUGAUCAAAACCAGGACCAACCCUUGGGACCAGGACCUUGACCACGACUUCUCCAACUCCCUUAUGUCUAAAGCCGUCAGCAUGGAAAACAUCACCGGCUUCUGUACCGCCUCAAACGUCCCUGACCCCAACAUCAUGAACCCGGAAGUCAACUUAAUGUACCCGGACAUGUCCAACCUCCAAAAUGGCGCCCCCAACAACCCUGACCCAAACACGAAAACCGCCACGUUCAUGCAAUGGCCCGCCUCGGCGGACAUGCACCCGGAAAUGCUAGACAUGCUUCCAGUGCGUCGUGCGAUGCCGGAGGAUUGUGGCACCGGCAGACUCUCUUGGCCGGAAAUGGAAUUCCUUAUGUCGUCAAGAGAACAGUUACAAACUGCGCGACGCAGCAACAAACCCAUGGGCUCUAACAAAGCCAACUUGAUCAGCAUCAUUCCCAAGGGAAGCGCUUCUGAGGGUAACGGCUGCGGAGCCAAAGACACUAGGUUCGAUAAGCCUGAAAAUAAAUUUUAGUUUUUCUACGUUUUUCUUCAGACAAAACCAUAGUCUACGUUUUAUGUCAUAUUCAUUCUGUUUUUUUAAAGUGAUCGAAUCGGACUUCAAAUACAAACUGCCAACAUUUAUAUAUAUAAAAAAACUAUUUCGAAGGGAUGUGUUUUUUUUCGUACGCAUCGUUAUAUCCAGAAGAUAUAUGCACAUACGUUCUCAUGUUUUAAUCUUGAUAGUUGACACCGCUUAAUGGACUUAUGUUUUUUAAAAGUUGAUUGUAAAAUGUAAAAGGAAAAAAAAAACAGGUGUUACCCGAUCAAGAUUAACUAGAAAGUUGAUAAUUUUUGUGUUAAGUAUGUAGUCGUGUCAUAUUUACAUGAUUAUAUCACCAAGGUGACGGUAUAUAUUGUAGUAUAUACUCACAUGUCAUUUGAUUGGUUGUGUCUGCAUAACUGUGAUUUAAAUAAAACUUGUAAUAAAUCGACGCAGCAUUUUAAUGACAUCUUAUUUCCUCAUGUUAUUACUUUAAAAAAUGAUGUUUCAAGCGUCAUCUCAAAUGCACAUUUUUUUUUUGCACGUGACUCAAAUAUUUCAUUUGUAACUUUACCGUUUACCUUAGCUACAAUUAUCCUUUUUUUUUAAAGAUUGGAAUGCUCAAAUUGUAAAUACUUUACAAUUAACCCUCUAUUCCUAUAACAAAGAAUCGUGAUUUCAGUUGGUUUUAAUAUUUUAAAUUGUAUGGUAGCUCUCAAAUAUGAUGGUACUUUCAUUUUACAUGAGGCAUAUAUUUAACCUAUACUUUUACUAAUGUGAUCUCAAAUUAUCAAUGAAAAACUUUGUGAUUACAUAUGUAACUGUUGAAACAAUUGCUUGUAUACAUUUUGCUUGUGGUAAAGAGACUCAUACUAAUAUAAAUAUUAAACCAAUGUAGAUAUUGAGAUCACGAGAGAGAAUUUAUUUUGGCUUUUUUAAUAUAGUUCUUGGUAAAUAGCCUUGUACCUAUAGUUCGUUAAUGGCAACUCAAGAAAAAAAAAAGUUCUUUUAUCAAUUGUUUAAAAAUAAAAACUUGCCUAAUUGAUUUGCAUAUCAUUACAUUGGUAAGAAAAGUUGCAUUUUUUUCUACAGACCGUUACUUUGAUCACAUGCCUUUGAUUUUUUUCUAGCAAACUGAUGAAUGAAUGUUUGUUGUUUUUAAAUAUUCAAAAGACACAUUACAUUUGUAUUUGUUUAAUCUUGCAAUGUCCUGUAGAAAAUAAUGCACUAUAUUUUAAACAAUUAGAACAAGAUAAUUGUCGUAUUCGUUUCUUGCAGAAUCAUUAUAAGAUGGGUUUUUAUCUUUUAUAACGAAAAGGUCAAAACUGUCGGUUUUUUUAAACGUCUUCUGUGAUUUUGCAUCUAACUAUCGGGCCUUUUUAAAGUGAGUGUAUAGGCCUAGGCUUGCGAUACUAGAGAUUGCAGCUGUACAUGUACAUAGAUUAUUGGAGUAUGAACUCUGCCCGUUCGAGCAUUGAAAUGUAACCUUUGGUUUAGCUGUACUCAUUCAUUGUAUUGUGCUUUGGCAGGCCAAACUAAAUGCUCAUUUCCUUUUGUACCUGUUGUAUUGCAAGUCGUUCAUGGAAAACCUUCCCCAAAAUAGCGCUAUGGUUAUUCUUUUUUUAAAGAUCCGAAACUAAAUUGCGGUUUAAUUUUUUUUCUUCUAUUUGUACAUUCAUUCGUGCUGUUGAGCUGUAGUUAGCAAUAUGUGUUUCACUCAAUCUUUCAUUGUAACAUUAUUCAGUUGGUUGCCAUAGCCAUGCCACAGUAUGAAAAUAACAUACGUGCUCUGAUGCAUGUUACAUACGAUAAAAUAUUUCUGCACUGAUUAAAAUACAGAGCAGCGUUAUGAUAAGCACAUCCAUUUUUUACAUCAAUUUUUCUAUGAUUAGUUUCAGUACAUUCUUAACUAGGUAAAUGCUUUAAAUGCGCUGUAUUUUACAGAAUAUUAUAUAUAUUUUUCACUAAGUUUGUUAAGAAAUGUUGAAUUUGACUCAAGUUUCGUAUGUUAAAACAUUCUUUGCUGUUUACACGUAUUUCAUGAAUUGUGUACAAUUUGGUGGCUGAAAACAAUCCCAUAGAUCUUAGUUUUU